GCAUUCGUAAGAGUAGUACUACCUCCGAAACCGCUACGGUGAGCCUUCUUCGUAGAAAGCUUCACCGAACAUAUAAAACGUUGAUCAUAGCUGGCAGACCACAUUAUUGAGCAGCCUAUUUAUAGGUCCUCUGCGCUGACCCACAGACUACUGCCAGCGGGUCCGAACUUGUCGUUGGGUAUCUUGCAUCAAAGCUUUAGUUUUUGAACUCUACAUCGUUACAAGGGUGCUGGCAGCAUCGUAUCAGAGCCAGGCUGUCUGAUUGACGCUCUGGGAGGAAUUAUGUUCCGCUGAGGUCAGAAGAAGGCUUUGCAACAACGACCGCUGAUGCCUUGUCUAGGCGUCGGCGGAAUGUCCGCUGAGCAUUCCAGCGUGUUGUGUCGGCCGUUCAGGAUGACACUCACGCUAUUGAGCAUCUUGCUCCUAAGCCUCACGGCACCUGCGCGUUGCUCUCUCUUGGAAAAGCUUCUGGCAGCUACGCACACAACACCACAAACUAGCACAGGGGCUACAGAGCAGCGCAACGAGGCCGUGCAGGGCAGGGAGCUGCGCACCUUGACAGACCUGGCCCACAACCCUGCAAGCGUCGAUUGGCUUUUGUCAGUUGCCGAGGCAGCCCUCAUGUCCGGCACCCUAGAUGAUCUGCAGCAAGUCCGUGCGGAAGACGCGGUCGCCCUGCUGCGGGAGCUUAGCGCCCUGCAAUGGCGGGAGCGGCGACUCAUGGCAGAGCACCCGCGGCCCGAGCACGACUCUGGGCUAGCCUGGUCAGCGCACAGCCACGGCGACAGCCACAGCCACACCUGGAGGCAACUCUCUGAAACGCCGCACGGUGUGGGUCAUCCGCUGCCGCAGCACAGCACUGCACAGGCUGAAGGCAGCGAGCUACAAGCGGAAACAGCAGGCGCGGCUGCGGAAGACGCGGGCGAGAGCUCGGAAGAUGCGCUGCUUUCAGACGAGACCGAUGUGGACCGAGACGCCAUCUUUGCGGCGCAGCAGUGGAAGCGCUUGCAAGAGGCGCAGGCAGCUGGGGAGCUGCAGCUUGGUGAGCUGCCGCAGCACCCCCUGCCGCAGAAGACCCUGGUUGAAUCCCUGGAGGAGGAGGCGGAGCAACAGCAGCAGGAAGAAGAUCAAGAUGACGAUGCAUCCCUGGACACCCGGGAAUCAGAGCCGCUUGAUUCCGACGACGCGGGUUCCGAAGUCGCCACCGACUCGGUCUGGGAGUCCAGUCGUCGCAGCCUCCGCAGCGUGGACGUCAAGAAACCCAAGAAGCCGCAACAACAACAAGAACAACACCAGACAAUGACGCAGGUGGUGCACGGAGCGGUGGCCACGGGCGGCAGCAGCGACGACGACGAGCCGCCUGUUGCCUACAUGAUGCUGGCUCCUCCCCCCACGGAGGAGCUGCCGCAUCACCACCAUGGGGUCAGCCGGAAGCAGGCGGGCAGCCGCCGCCUCCUAGGUGCCCGCAAGACCAGUGGCAGCAGCCCCUCGCCAGCUGCUACCCCCGCCACCGGGGACAGUGGCAGCUCUAGUGAUAGCGACACCAGCAGCAGCGGCGGUCAGGCAGCGGUUAACUUCCAGCUGUCCCCGCCGCCCUCCGCCCCGCUUGCUGAGGUGGAGAUCGCCGCUCUCUCCGCCACUACCACUGCCGCCGCUAAGAAGAAGAAGCCGCCGCCACCACCCUCCGUCAAGUCCCCUCCUCCGCCUGCCAAGUCCCCACCCCCUCGCUCGCCACCUCCCUCGCCUCGUCCUCCCCCGCCUAAGAAGUCACCGCCGCCCACCUCACGUCCGCCACCGCCCAAAAAGUCCCCGCCGCCUAAGAUGUACUCCCCUCCUCCGCCUCCUCCUCCCCCGCCGCCGCCUCCCGAUUUCGUUGGCUACCUCCCCGAUUUCCCCGACCUGCCCAACGCACCGCCCUCGCCGCCGCCCUUCUUCGGCACCUUUCCGCCGCCCCAGCCCCCCUCGCCCCCCUCGCCACCCAGCCCGCCGCUGCCCCCUGCCUCACCGGUUGUCAUCACGCCCGAUGACACCGACGGCCCACCUGACCAAGUCGGCGUGUACAACCAAGUGGGUAUUGGCUACGCGGUUGCCGUACACUUGGUGCACAUCCCCGGUACGACAAGGUACCUGUUUAUGGAGCGGCCCAGCGGCAAGCACCCGGACAAGAAGACCUUCAUUGCCGGGUACUAUGAUAUCGCCACCAACAAGUACACCAACGUGUUCAACACCGACUCGCUCUUUUGCAACGGCGCCACGCUCAUGCAGAACGGCAACAUUGCCGUUGUGGGCGGCCACAUUGCCAAGUCAGGCUACACGGACGGACUGCGCUCCCUGCGCAUCUUUGACAGGAACGCCAACACGCUGACCACGGUUGCCAACAUGAAGUUCCCGCGCUGGUACCCCUCGGCCAACCUGCUGCCUGACGGCCGCAUCCUCAUCAUGGGCGGCACCCAGUCGCCCGGCUCCGGCACCAAGAACAACCCCGUGUGUGAGGUUUGGGACCCGCAGAACAAGCCGCUGGCGCCGCCGGUGCAGUGGACCCUGCCCUCCGCCUUUGUGGUCAAGGCGGGAGACAUCUUUUACCCCAACAACUACAUGCUGCCCACGGGCGACAUGUUUGUGUACUGCGACACGGUGGGCCUCAUCCUGAACCCCUACACGGGCUCCGUGGUCACCAACGUGCCCUCCCACACCAACCUCAUCAAGACGGUGCGCACGGAGUACCCCUUCAGCAGCACCUCCGUCAUGCUGCCGCUCACGCCGGACAACAACUACACGCCCGAGUUUGUGUUUUUCGGCGGUCAGUUUGGGUAUGGUUGGACCACCACGCCGGCUGUGGACUUGGCGCUGCGUGUCAAGGUCGAAUACAACGCCGCCACCCGCAACUACACCUUCUCCAACUGGACAAUGGAGAAGAUGAACGCGCGUCGUGUCAUGGGUGACGCCGUGUUGCUGCCCAACGGCUGCGUCAUUGUCCUCAACGGCGCGCAGAACGGCGUGGCUGGCGACUCGGCCAACGGCGGCUCAUCCAAGGCACACUUCCCGCAGUUCUGGCCUGUCCUGUACGACCCCUCGGCACCCAACGGCACCCGCUUCACGCGCCUGGCUCGCUCCCAGAUUGCCCGCAUGUACCACUCCACAGCCGCCCUCACCCCGGACGGCACCAUUGUGGUUGCUGGCUGCGACCGCUGCGACUACUUCAACGUUACCGUGCCGUACAGUCCCUCGCCCUGGGGCCUACCCGAGUACCGAGUGGAGAUUUUCUACCCGCCGUUUUACUUUUGGGACGUGCGGCCCAUCCUCACCAGCGUCCCGAACAGCCCUCUCACCUACAACCAGACGUUCAAGGUGCAGUACGACUCGGUUCAUACCAUGGUGGAUAUCGAUGGGGUGGUCCUCAUGGCGCCCUCGAGCACCACCCACUCCACCAACUUCAACCAGCGCGCCGUGGGGCUCCGCAUCCUAAACGACGACACGCAGGGAACCCUGACGGUGCGUGCGCCGCCCAACCUGAACAUUGCGCCGCCCGGGUACUACAUGCUGUUCUUGUUGGCUGGGCAGGCCUACUCGUCGGCGCAGUGGAUUCAGCUGCUGAAGUAAAGGAAGGGGAAGAGGGGAGGGUAGAGGAGAUCCGCUGUUUGUUAGUAUGGUAGUAGGGAUGUGGGGCCGUUGGGCGGUCUGACUACAAUGGGGCAUACACAUGGUGAGUGAGGUCGGAGAGCCGUUUGGUGUGUCAUACUGUGUUUGGCCGCAUGUGUGCAUGCGAGCGAAAGGCACUGGGGAGUGCCUACACCUACAAUUCAUUCUUGUUAUUGCUACCGGUAUCAAGUGCAUGCGCCAAUUGCCGUAGAUGUAUGGUUGCGACAGGACCGCGUGCGACUGAGGGUGGUCCCGUACUUAGCAUGAUAGGACUAGUGGACUGGCCCGCGCUAGGGGCUUGGAUUUCGUAGUUAUAAGGCUAAUGGGCGCAGUAUCACGUGCCCUUGCUCUGCCCACUUUGUCAUGCCCCCCAUACCGUAUUCUGAUGGGGCGCUGCCCUGGGUGUGAUUCAACCCAGUUAAGAGCGGGCCCUGGGGUCAUUAGGUGACAUCCGUCCACUUUACAGUGUCAUGAUUUUUGUGAUGCUAGUUGGUUAUGCAUCGCUUCUAGUGCGGGAUUACCGGUAGUACGGCCUGAGUUUGUCACACUGGCUAGAUGCGUGCAUGGAACAUAGCUAAACACGCAUGCGACAGCUGCGAUUGUAGACUUAAUAGUCCUAGCAAUUCCUCGUGAUUGCCGUACAUGGCUUAGUAACGCGAGCGAUAUGUUUGUCUGUAACCAGCCUACUCCAUGUUUACAGGUUGUGUCCAUGUCAUACGUAACUCCUGUCGUGCUCUGCACCAUGGUGGUUAGCAAAGCGCCCAUUCCCAGAUCCUGCAAGGACCUAGAUCCCCCGGCCAACAGUCGUUCUGAUCUGUGUGAUCCUUCAGGGCCUCACAUGCGCCUGCUGGAUAAACCACCCACCAUGUAAGCUCCUUCCAAAG